UUCCAUCCCAGUUUCCCCUUUUGUAGUUUAAUGUCCAUUCAAGUAGCUCAUUAACACGAGACUCAUAAACAUGGCUCCUCGGUAUCCCAGAGCUAUCACAGUUGCGACUAUUCUCAUCAGUCCAGCCGAAAUGCCAACUAUCUCGGUAGGCAAAUGUGCAUGGAGUUGCGGCCUAACCAUUUGCACCUGUACUGGGUUUAAAGCUCAAGUUCAAGAACCCCUCACAAGAAACCUUCCGAGUAUUAAAUGCCCUCGUUGUCAUCAUACCGUUUCGGAUCAUGGAAGGACAACAUCUUUGGCCACUAGCCACGAUGUCGGUCCAGCAAGUGUCGAGAAAACGGCAAACCACGAAGAGAAAGGGCACGAGCUUCCUUUUGUUAGUCAUCGCACAGAUACUGUAAAAAAACUCGCUGAUCUCAUUGACCGGGUGAAUGUUGUUCAUGUGCGGGGAACUCCAGCGAGCGGCAAAACGACGCUCGCCCGCCUCCUUCAGAAGUAUUUUCUCGAUCAUAACGAUUAUAAAGAUCGUAAGAGGGCCGUCUAUUUCAUCAGUGAUUGGAGGAAGCUCGAGGAAUACUCUACUAACGGCGAUGGUGAAACAUGGGCGAAUUUGACCCAGAUGAUCCCCAUCCGCUUUGGCCGUGCCCGGAAUCUGUCUGAAGGAACUGUUAUUCUAGUUGACGAAGCCCAAAAAACAUACUCGGAUUCGGGACUCUGGAAUACAAUAAUCAAAGACCGAGUCUACGGCAAUGGUGAAGACAUCAAAGUCUGUCUUUUUUGCUCGUAUGGCAGUCCGUCGACUGGGGUCGACAGGCAACCCAACGAGUAUACUCCAGCCUUCUUGAACCCAGAACAGCGCGUCACGAUUACCCCGCAACCAUCAUCACCACCAAUUGGGCUUUUUUUCACAGCAGAUGAGUUCAGAGACGCCGUGCAGCAAAUUUGCGCAAAUCCGAGGUUCGAGGCGGGUUUCACACUUGAUAAUGACGCCCAAGACUAUCUGUUUUCCUUGACAAACGGCCACCCCGGUGGUGUCGAGUCGUUAUUACGUUUCUUCCACCACUAUUACCGGGCCAGAAUCAAGCACGACCCCGAAAGAUGGCCACUCACGGACAUCGAUGUCGUUAACAGCUUGCGAGAUGAGAACAAUGUUUGGAAGUACCUAGAGUAUACACCAAUUUAUCGCUCACUUGCAAGGGGUUCUGAAUUGAGCAGUGAAGUCUCAAAGAUUCUUCGUCAUGUCCUAGAGCAGGGGAACAUCGCUGUGAACGAGCAAGAGGACAUCGUUGUGGGUGAUAUUAGCGACACGGACCUAAAAAAGGCCAAGCGCCAGUGUUAUGUGAACGGAUGGUUACACAGAAUCUUGGUACCUGAAGACAUGACGGGCGAGGAAAAAUAUGUACUUCCAUCUCGACUGCACGAGAAAUGGGUUGAAUGGAUCCUCGGCAAGAAGAGAAUACCCUUGAAUCCGAGAUACGCUCAUUUGCGAGACCUUUGCGUGGACAUCCUAAAAGAGUUUUCCGCUGCCACUCUGCGCCAUACCGCUGAUGGGAAGGUUCUCACCAGCGGGGCUCAAUACAAACCUUUCGAAGCUGCAUAUCAAGACGAGUGUUACCGCUGUUUUGGCGUAAUCGCCGGCAAAGGCGUUCCGAUAUGUUCGGAGUGGUCAAGAACAAAAAGUGGUCGAGUCGAUUUUUGGAUAUCAGAAAAGAAAUGGGCGGUUGAAUUACUACGCGAAGAGGACCGUGUCCAAGACCAUAUAUCACGUUUUUACAAGGGGGGUCAGUACUACUCGUGGACUACCGAUGGUAUGAUCCAAGACUGGGUCAUAAUAAACUGUGCAACCUCUCCACCUACUGGCUGUAAAUUCAUAUAAUCUCCUUGUGGGUUGGUACUUGUUGACAAGAUAAUAGGCUACUCCGAAUCAAAACUCAUACACGCAAUAUUCACUAGCGACUGGGAAGAAUUGCAGAUAUUCGAUAACGAGAUGUCUCCCAUCAUUAACAAAUGUCCUCUGAUAAACUGAUUGUACUAGCGAGUAGCUCGAUAUUAAGCGUUGUUCUUUUGACAACGGGAAAAUCCACUAUCCGUAAUCCUCAAAAGUACGGUAGGUGGAAAUUCCGGCGUGUCGUGGCCAAGAUGAUGCUUUUCCUUUGGGGGGGCCGCUCCGCUUCACAUCACUGUUCUGCAGUCGCUCUGGCCUUUUGAUGCACAUGAAGGAGGAAGCGAGAAGGCUUGAGAGGUCGUAGUUCCAGAAUCACCAGACCCAUGUCCAAUCAGCCUUCCGGAGAGCCACAAGUUCCCUGUUAUUCUGUGGUCGAGGGCCUGCCCAC